UUUAAAUACACUCGUUCAAUUUCAUCAAUAUAUCUAUAUAAAUAAUUGGUUAAAUAUUCAGAUUCGGGCGGGCGGGGCUGUACAAGGUGCACAUGUUCGGCAAUCCUAGCAUAAUCGUGUGCAGCCCACAAGCAUGCCGAAGAGUCCUAAACGACGACGAAGGCUUCAAGCCCGGCUGGCCCACUUCGACUCAGCAACUCAUGGGAAGGAAAUCAUUUGUUUCCAUUUCCGACCAACAACACAAAUGGCUGCGCAAGUUGACGGCUGCCCCGGUCAACGGCUUCGAAGCCCUCACUGUCUACAUGAAAUACAUCGAGGAGAAUGCCAUCAUAGCUUUGCAGAAAUGGGAAGAGAUGCCACAGAUUGAGCUCCUAACUGAGCUCAGAAGCCUCACUUUCAACAUAAUCAUGCACAUUUUCUUGAGCUCCGAAGGUGAGAGUGUCAGAGAGGUCUUGGAGAAGGAAUACACAGCUCUCAACUAUGGAGUCAGAGCCAUGGCCAUUAAUGUGCCCGGAUUCGCUUACCACAACGCGCUUAAGGCACGUAAGCGGCUUGUGGGCGUGCUUGGAGCUAUUGUGAGCAAGCGAAGGGCGCAGAGACGGGAGGAUCCAUCGAGCCCGAGGAGAGACAUGAUGGAUGCUCUCUUGGAUGCUGAAGAUGAGAAUGGUGCAAGAUUGGAUGAUGAAGGGAUUGUUGAUAUCUUGGUUAUGUAUCUCAAUGCUGGCCAUGAAUCUUCAGGGCACACAACUAUGUGGGCUGCCCUUUUCUUACACCAGAAUCCACAUAUGUUCAACAAGGCUAAGGCUGAGCAAGAGGAUAUCAUAAGAAACAGGCCUCCUGAUCAGAAAGGUUUGACACUGAAAGAGAUUAGGAAAAUGGAUUACCUAAAUAAGGUUAUUGAUGAGACACUUCGCGUAGUUUCCUUCUCAUUGAUGGUCUUCAGAGAGGCAAAGAAAGAUGUUACUGUUUGUGGCUACACCAUUCCUAAAGGAUGGAAGGUUUUGGUCUGGUUCAGGAGCGUUCACUACGACCCUGAGGCAUGGCCCGACCCAAAGAGGUUUGAUCCUUCGAGAUGGGAUAACUUCAUUCCAAAAGCAGGGAAUUUCCUUCCUUUCGGAGGUGGAAGCAGAUUGUGCCCCGGAAAUGAUCUAGCCAAGCUCGAGGUCUCCAUCUUCCUCCACCAUUUUCUUCUGAAUUACGAGUUCGAGCAAUCCGACCCUGCUAGUCCGGUGAUGUACUUACCACACUCGAGGCCUAAAGACAACUGUCUGGGCAAGAUGAGAAGGAUGACUGCUAAAACUUCAUAGAUAUAUAUAUAUAUAUAUAUAUAUAUAUAUAUAUAUAUAUAUAUACUUCUAUUCUUGAUUUGAGUUUUGCUCUUGUUGUUUACUAUUUAUUAGUACAAUAAAAAAGGAAGCCUGUAAGAAUUAUUCACUUCUUUUUUUACUGUAGGAAUGGAUGUUUACAUGUGUCUUUACUAUAAAAAAAGGAAUUUUUUUCUUAUGAAAUACUUAAGAAAGAAGGAACCUUUUU